GCCUAUGUGUCACCUAAAGGCUCAUCUAAGAGACACCUAUCUCACUUGUUAUAAAUUAUAGUUGAACUUCUUUAUAUUGUUAUUGCUCAAAUAGAAAUUUACAAUUAUACAAAUCUUAUACAUUAUGGGUUCAGAAACUUUGAUUGAAGUGAUAUUGGCUAUACUCCUUCCUCCAGUGGGUGUUUUCCUCCGCUUUGGUUGUGCGGUGGAAUUCUGGAUAUGUUUGGUUCUGACACUCCUGGGAUAUAUACCUGGAAUAAUAUAUGCACUCUAUGUACUUGUAGGGUAGUUCAUAUGAGCUUUGUUGUCUAAACAAGGCAGUAUUAUCAAACUAUGUAAAAAAGCUCUAUUUUCAGAUCAUUAUUACCUCUUACUUGGUUUCAUCUGUCUUUACUUCUUGUUUUUCUCUUCAUAUUAUUUCUCUUCAUUAUUUUCCUAUUCUGUCUAUGAUAAUGAAAAAAAAAAAGUGAACAUAAAA